CCAUUAAGAUCAAGAUCAUGUAAGGUCAAAAUCAAGAUCAAGAAGCGUGUAAACAAACUUGCAGCGUGCACUAUGAUUUCACGUGUGCCUGUGUUGCGAUUUGUAAAGCGUUCGUGGUCUUUUUUAGGCCCAAGACGAUGUAUAUUACGUCCUGCUUUGAAUAACAAUGUUUGCCUUGUAAGUAAUGCUAGUAUAACGACAACGGGUGUCUUGGCCAUGUCGCUCAAGAUUAAAGGUGGCACAGAUUACAUGACAGUGACCAACAAAGGGAGGUCAAGCCUUAGGACUCACACCUGUGGUGAACUUCGUGCCUGCCAUGAGGGGCAACAGGUUAUCUUGCGGGGCUACUUGCAGUACCAGCGAAUGGGGAAAUUUGCCAUUAUUAGGGAUGCAUUUGGAAAAACUCAAGUGAUAAUCCGAGAAGAAGAUACUAAUCUUCAGAAAGAAAUUAUCAAUACAAAUUUUGAGUCUUAUGUGGAGGUGACUGGCACUGUGCAUCUCAGGCCUGUUGAUCAAAUCAAUAAGAAUAUGAGCUCUGGAGAAGUUGAAGUCUUAGCAGCUACAUACCAAGUUAUCAACCAAGCACGCUCUGAUCUCCCCUUCCUUAUACGAGACCACAAUAAGCCAAAGGAGCCAUUACGGUUGAAAUUUCGCUACCUUGAUUUACGGCACAAUGAACUACAAGCAAACUUGAGAUUAAAGUCUCAGGUGGCAAAAAAAAUGCGUGACUUUUUGCAAGACAAAGAAGGAUUUAUUGAAAUAACCACUCCAACACUUUCUAUCAAUACUCCUGGGGGAGCUCAAGAGUUUGUGGUUCCAAGUAGACAUCCAGGGAAAUUUUACUCUUUGGUUCAGAGUCCUCAAACUUACAAGCAGUUGGCAGUAAUUGGUGGAUUUGAUAGAUAUUUUCAGUUUGCUGUUUGUUACAGAGAUGAAGGAGCCAAGCCAGAUAGGCAACCAGAGUUCAUGCAGCUAGAUAUAGAAAUGAGUGAUGUAACGAUUGGGGAUGUGAAGCAUUUGAUAGAAGACCUGGUGAUCUAUGCCUGGCCAUCACACCUACCAACCAUUUCUCCUCCCUUUCCUAGUAUAACAUACUCUGAGGCUGUCACCUUAUAUGGAACAGAUAAACCAGAUACCAGGUUCGAUUGGAAGCUACAAGAUGUCACACACCUUCUUAAAAACUGUGGAGCCUCAGUCCUGGAAAAUGCUGUGCUGAUGUCUGGGAACUCUGCUCAUUCCUUUGUCAUUCCUCAAGGACAGGAUUACAUAAGCAAGAAGGUUGUGUCAGCAUGGGAAGAUCUGGCACAAAAGGAACACAGCCAAGCAGGACUGUCAGUGUUUAAAGUGGAUAGUAAUCUAAUGCUGAAGGGACCUAAUGCAAAAAAAAUUUUCCCUGAUCAGCAGACUCAGUUAUCUAGAACUCUUGAAACACAAGUUGGUGAUAUAAUGGUCCUUGCUGCUGGACGCACAGAUAAUGUGCUCGGGUUACUUGGUAAGUUACGACUACAAGCUGCCAACAUACUGGAGAAGGCAGGAAUUCCUGUCCGAAAUCCAUGUAGCUUCAAUUUCCUCUGGGUUGUUGAUUUUCCUCUUUUUGAACAUGAUCCUGACAGUGGAAAGAUUAUGGCUGUCCACCACCCCUUCACUCUGCCAAGAGAAGAAGAUGUGGAUUAUCUUUACACUGAUCCUUUAAAAGUUAGAUCGCAGCACUAUGAUUUGGUGUUAAAUGGAUGUGAAGUUGGUGGAGGGUCAAUUCGCAUCCAUGACCCAAUCAUGCAGCGCUAUGUCCUUCACAAAAUUUUGGGAAUUGGAGAAACCAGUCUAGGAUUCCUGAAUGAAGCCCUGGAGAGUGGGGCUCCUCCUCAUGGGGGCAUUGCCUUAGGUUUUGAUCGUUAUAUUGCUGAAUUGUGUGGCGCCAACAGCAUACGGGAUGUUAUUGCAUUCCCCAAGUCAAUAGAGGGUCGGUGUCUGAUGUCUGGAGCUCCAGGACAUAUUACAGAAGAAGAAAAGCAACUUUAUAAUAUAAUUGUAGAAAGUAAUUCCACUAAGAAUGAAUCAUAAAAAUACCAUUUUAUGUUCAAGAAAAUUAUUAGUGGCAGGAACCCAUAGACCAGGAAAGAAUUGGGGUAAAAAUGUUAUAUCCACUGGGAUCCCUGACAGACAGGUUUUGUUACAUGUACCAUAUUUGAUGGCUCAUAAGACGCACCUUUUCUCCAAAAAAAAAGUCUGAGGAAAUGAGCCUGUGUCCUAUGAGGCUAAGGUUCAGCAUUGAGGUAGUGGUUGGUGGUAAGUCUAUGGCAACAGAGGCUCUAAAAUCAAACCCCAGACAUCUUCGCACAUGUAAACAAAGUGAUGAUUGGUACUACACCACAAAACAACUCUUUCUUUCAAGGUAACAAUAUAUAAUUGGUCAUACUUACCGGUAACUCACAGAGAAUGACACCAGUCAUGAAGAAUUUGCCUAAUUGACCAUGCACCACACAUUACAUGUUGGUUAUGCGCCAAACCUGGUGACACAGGCAAGCUUCACUGUGUUCUUUACAAUGUGAUGCCGUUUCUCCUUGAGGUAAGACAUACUUUCAUACAAUUAAAAUUGCACCUAUCUUUUAACAUUCUUAUGAACAAACUUUAUUACCCCUGUAGUCUCUCACAGUCACUGCUGAUACCAUAUACCAUGUACAUGUUUACAUCUGACAACAGGAUUGGUAUGUAGGCUACAAGCAAAUACUAAAGUUUUUAAGUGCAAAAUAUUGGGAUUUAAUAAUGAUAUAAAUGCAUGUGAGAAUCUUCAAAUGUUAGGUGAAAUCCUUCACUUCAUAUUCAGAACUUAAAUCUGCUCAUUUAUCUUUUUUUUUUUUUUUUUUUUUUCAGUGUCUGCCAAAACUGGGUGUGUCUAAUGAGCCCAUGCAUCUUAUGAGCCAUCAAAUACAGCAUUUGUUAAAUUGGUGGCUAUUCAGAUAAUAGUAUUCUGCUAUAAAAUUCAUAUUCUUAUAUUGGGCUUUGUCUUGAAUUAUUAUGAGUGCUUCAGAAGCACAUCUAUAGGAAUUUUGAUGGCACUGUUUACCACAUCCAGCCAGAGCUUAACGCUUAGUUUUGUAUAUAUGUACUAUGUGUUUAUGUGUGUAUAAACAGUGGAACCUUGGUUACCAAAUGCCUCCCUUUUCAAAUAAAUAAUUUUUUUAACAAAA